AUGUUUAACUUACAAACAGGACCGAAAGAAGUAUUUCCAUACAACUACUACAGCAGUGUUUUGUUAGCAAAUGACAACAGAACUGGUGUCAUUUCUGAAGCAUGUAAGUUUAUCCGGGAUGCAGAUACAUUCAUGAAAAACAUAGAUUCCAUCAAAGGUUGCAGAAUAGAUGAGAACCACUUCGACUUAGAAAAGUAUAGCACAUUUUAUUGCAAACAAGAUGUAAGAAUUUUAAGAGAAGGUUUUGUUAAGUUCCGCAAUGACAUAUUGAAAGAAUUUGAUUUAAACGUUUAUGACUACGUUAGUAUUUGUUCUAUUGCUAACAAAUUGUUUGAGAACAGAGUGUACUUCCCGAAUGGAAAUUUAUAUGACCUCUCAAAUAAACCAAGAGAAUUUAUUUCACGCUGUAUUCAAGGUGGAAGAUGUAUGCUGUCAGAUAACAUUAAACAAAAGAGUAAAGAGAAACUCAUUGCUGAUUUCGACGCUGUUUCAUUAUAUCCAUCAGCUAUAGCAAGACUUUAUACUUUAGAAGGUAUACCGAAAGUAUUGAAGAAAGAAAUGUUAAGCACAGAGUAUCUCAUGAGACAUUUAUUCGAUGACGACCAAAAGGAACCCAUUGGUGAAAAGUUUAUGUCUGGCUUCUUUGUUCUCAUUAAGAUAACAGAGAUUGGAAUACAUAGACACUUUCCUUUAAUAGUUUGUGACCCUGAACUAAAUCCAGAACUUAACGUUCCCAGAAGUUCAAACACUUGCUGUUUAAUGUAUGUUGACCAUAUAACAUUACAAGACCUCAUAAAAUAUCAAGGUGUCAAAUGUGAAGUGUUGCAAGGAUACUAUUACGAUGGAAACAGAGAUAUUAGAAUAAGAGAUGAAGUAAAGAAGUUGUUUGAGUUAAGGUUAAAGUAUAAGAAAGAAGGAAAUCCUUUGCAAGAAAAUAUAAAGCUCAUUCUGAACAGUAUUUAUGGCAAAACUAUUCUAUCUCUUAUUGAGUCAAAAAUAACCAUAGUAGAUGACAAAGAUGCUAUAAGAUAUGCCAUCAGAAACUACAACCAUAUAGUGAAGUUCGAAGGUUUGGAUGGUUCAGAUAAAACUAUUUUCAAGCUAACGAAAAGCAUUUGCAGACACUUUAACUUCUGUCCACUUGGUGUUAACAUUCU